AAAUCGAAGUUUUGUGAAAGACUAAUCAGUUCUUGAUUUUUCUGGACAACUAACCAACUCGAAGCCUCCUCAACUAACCAUGCUUAACAUUAAGUUUUACAUUUUUCUGGUUUUCAUACCAUUUCUCACUUUGUCAGUUAUUCUUCUCAUUGCUCUUCUGGCAGUUUUCAACACGACGCUUGCAUCUAACAGCAUCUGCCACAUCACCAGAAAGCCACUGAUGCUUCCGGCUCCAGGCGAUGUCUACAAGAAGCCAGUACAGUUUUACACGAAUGUCACAGUGUCAGUGUUUGCUCCAGUAGUGUCACCUCUUGAUGUCUACACAAACACCACCAAGUCAACUGCUUUUGCUCCAGCUCAGAACAUCAAAGUGGCUGAUAUUCUUGAAGAAGAUGCUGAUGCAAGUCAUGUUAGGGUAAUGAGAAUCGCUGGAUUCAUUGCACAAUCCACCAUCUUUCUGUUUGUCUACACCAUUGUCACUAUGGAUGUUGAGAAUUUCGAAGAAUCUGAAGCAGAGGUUCCCGUCUUCAAGCUCUACAGAGCCCGUGAGAUUCAGACAUGCCCACUGCCAGCUCGACAAAAUGUGAUGAUCGUGAGACAAUUCGUGGAAACGGAAUCGAACUGCUGAAAACUGUCAGAACAGUGAUAAAGAAAUAAAUAUUUUCCUGAAUU